AUGUCCGUCCUCUUCGCGGCAGGGCUGUUCAUCGUCGCUGUGGAAGAUGUUGUUGGCAUCAACAAGUCAGCGAUGAUGAUGGUCUUGGCCGCGGUCAUGUGGACUUUCCUGGCUGUCGGCUACCACCCAAACAAUUCGAAGGCAGGGUACAUGCAGCUCCACGAGGAGCUCAACCGUGGCUUAGAGGACGUGGGCAGCGUGCUUCUCUUCCUUUUGCCAGCAAUGGGUGUCGUCGAGUCCAUCGAUCACUUCGAUGGGUUCGCUUUGGCUAAUAUGGCUAUCAAGCGAGCCAUCGAAGGAAGAAAGGACCGGCUGAUGCCGAUCAUUUGCAUCCUUACGUUCUUUCUCAGCUCCGUCAUCGAUAAUCUCACAUCGACCAUCGUGGCCGUAAAAAUUCUGCGGCGGCUUGCCUCCGAAGAUGAGGAAUAUCGCCGCCUAUGUGGCGGCCUUGCUGUGAUAGCAGCGAAUGCCGGAGGUGCCUGGUCACCCAUCGGUGAUGUGACCACCACCAUGCUUUGGAUUCAGGAGAAGAUCACGGCCACGAAUACUGUGCUGUGGCUGUUUUUUCCGUCGUUUGCGGCAGGCGUGCUGCCGCUCUGGGGCCUCAGGUGCCAGGCUCGUCGCCUUUUGGCGGAGCGUGGGCCAGCAGAACACCGCAUCAAGGACCGCAAGAAAGGUCCAGGAUGGGAGCAGGAGCCUCUGAAGGAGGAAGGCUUGGACGAGGACGACACCGAGCAAAUCACCAGACAGAAGGUGACCGCUUUGAUUUUCGGCGUGCUUUGCAUCCUCAUGGUACCCGGCCUGAAGAUUGGCUGCGGCUUACCGCCGUACUUGGGGAUGCUGCUAGCUUUGGGCCUCAUGUGGCUUCUGACGGACGUGAUGCACUUCAGGGGCCACCUGAUGAAUGGAGAUGCAGAAGAAGAUGACCACGGGGGACCGCCGCAGUACGGAGUCGUCAGCGCGCUUCGCAAGGUCGAUCUGACGGGUCUUCUCUUCUUUACCGGUGUGCUCUUGGCCAUCGGCGGAGCACAGCACAAGCUAGUCGUCACAAGUUCUCAGCCCACCCAACUUUACAGCUCUCUGAAUUCCCUCGAGCUGGCACAGCCUCGUGGCCUCAUCAGUGAUCCCGCUGACUCCUUGGUGGCUGGCUCUGCUUAUGGCGACUUUGGUGCAGGCUGCGGCUACGAUGCAGGAGGUUUUGCCGGCUGUGGAUGCGGAUGCGGCUGCGGUACCGGUUGUGAUGGAGGUGGCUGCGGUUGCGGAGGGUGCGGUUUCAACACUGGCUGCAAUGGCAACUGCUUUGGCUGUGGUGGGUGUGGCUGCGGCCAAGGAUGCCAAGGAUGCCAAGGGUGUGGCUGUGACGGAUGCGGGUGCGGCGGCUGUUGCGGCUGUGGCUGUGGUUCGAACCCAGGAGGCUGUGGCUGCGGCGGCUGUGCCUGCGGUUGUGGAUGCAACGCUGGCUGUGGCUGUUCCGGCUGCGGCUGUGGGUGUGGAUGUGGUUGUGGGGGUGGAGGGUGUGGCAACUUCGGCUGCGGAGGCUGUAACUACGGUUGCAACUGCAAUUCCGGAUUGGGAGGGGGCGGCUGCGGGUGUGGCAACUGCUAUGGUGGAUGCGGCUGUGGAGGAUGUGGCUGCAGCAGCUACGGUAGCUGUGCUGGUUGCGGAAGUGGCUGCGGAGGAUGUGGUGGAGGUUGCACAGGUGAGCGACGAGUCGGUGUUGUGAAGAACUGGAAUCCUGACAGAGGCUUCGGAUUCCUUCGCACGGAGGGUCACGAGAAGGAUACCUUCUUCCCUCGAAGAGAGCUGCCUCCUGAAUUCCAGAGCGAGAGUGCUUUGAAUGGCAUAACCUUUGCCUACGAUGUCAGUUCCGCGGCAGAUGGUCGGCCGCAGGCCAGGAGCUUGCAGUUUGUGGGCGGUGCCGCCCAGACCAUCCCAACCCCGUCGGGCCCGGCAAUCGAAGGCUUGGGAACGCGAUGCAUUGGUCAGGUGAAAAGCUUCUCCGGCAAGGGCGGAUACGGUUUCAUGAGCAUCAAUACCAAUGGAGCUGACAUCUUCUUCGCCAAGCGGGAUUUGCCGGCGGGCAUGCAGGAAGCCAAUUUGAUCGGAGUCCAGUUUGAGUUCGACAUUGGCUCCAGCAACGAUGGGCGAAGUCAGGCCAAAAAUCUGGUUUGCGUGGACCCGGGCUCCGGCAACUUCGGCGCCGCUGGCCCGGGCAAGGGCCACGGCAAGGGCGAACCAACCGACGGCUCGCGCCUUCAGGGGCAGAUCAAGGAAGUCAAUCAGGACGGAGGCUUGAUCGUUUGUGCUUCGAUGGCCGAGGAGGUGUCUUUCACGCCCACAGACCUUCCUGCCAACCUGCAGCGGCAGGUGCUGUCGGGCGACACGUCGCGUUUGCAGAGGGCCACCGUCCUCUUCACACUGGCUCUGGGUGGCGCACGGGCUUUUGCCAAGGAGGUCAUGAUCAUCCCAGAGCCAGAGGAGGUCAUCGUUGGCGAAGUGGUGCAGUUCAACGCAAGUGCAGGGUAUGGCUUCAUCAAGCCGACUGUCGACUCGGUGUUCCAGCAGGAUGUUUACUUCAACAUCAAGGACUUGUCACGGGCCCUGUCGGAUGAGGAACGAGGAGGUCUGACCGGGCAGGCAUGCCGCUUCAACUUGCGGCUGACGCCCGACAAUAGGCCUCAAGCUCGCCGCGUUGAGCUGGUGGGUGCUGCCUUCGCCGGCGCUUCAACCAGAUUCAGCUACGAGCCUCCGCAGGCAGCAGUUCCGGCCGGCUUCUCUGCAGGCGCAGGCGGCAUGACCAUGGGCGUGCCGGACGAGUUUGGAGGCGCUGCGCCGGCACGAGACACUCAGACGAGAACACGCUUCAGCUACGAGGCACCGAAUCCGACCAGCGCAGUCUCCGGUUUUCACUCAGGCGCUCCGCCAGAGCCCACGUUCGAGAAGACCUCUAGGUUCAGCGCCACCCCGCCGCCAGGCCACGACAUGAAGCGCGCAGCCGAGGGCGAUGUUGAGGAGCCUCCGACCAAGCGGCAGGCACAUCAGGAGCCCGCUGUGUCUGAGGAGGCGUGA